CAUUCUUGAGAGACGGCCAAGAAGACUUGAAUUACGUUCUUGAGACAGUAUUCUGUGGCGGUAGCAUGCCUGUGAAUCCACUGCAGGUCCUGUUUCAAAACUUUGAGCAAGUCUCAAAUUUUGUUCAACAUCAUCUCUCUAAUUUCGUAGGUUCUCAUCUUCAGUCAUCAGGGCUCCCUGGUAGUGGCUUUCCCUUGUCUGUCUCUUCCUCCACUAAAGCUCCACUUGCAAAAACUACAUCAUCUGUACAACUUGGUGAUACUGCUGUCAAGGUAAAGUCUACAACCCAAGGGCCUAAAGAAGAGCUUGGAAGGGCUACUUGGACUUUACUUCACACUCUAGCAGCUCAGUAUCCAGAUAAGCCUACAAGACAGCAAAAGAAGGAUGUAAAAGAAUUGGUACAAAUCUUGUCUCGAAUGUAUCCAUGCAGGGAAUGUGCAGAUCAUUUUAAAGAAAUUCUUAGAGCAAAUCCUGUACAGACUGGGUCACAUACUGAAUUUUCUCAGUGGUUGUGUCAUGUUCACAAUGUUGUUAAUAGAAGCCUUGGCAAACCAGUAUUCCCCUGUGAACGAGUUGAUGCAAGGUGGGGCAAACUAGAAUGCGAACAGAAAGCCUGUGAAAUUAUUGGAAGUACAUCCUUUUUUGGGAAGAUAUAAUAUCUAUUUAAAAAUGAUAACUUAUAUACGGUAUGUACUAAACUUGGCCUUUUGAGAGCAUGUUUGUCAACGAAUAUUUUUCUAUA